AUAUACGUUCUCUGCUGCCGUGUUCAUCCAGAGUUCUCUGGUUCAUCUUACUAAAACAGCUGCGAAAUGUUUUGCUGUUCUGUAUUCUAGGCGGGUUUAUUUAAACAAUUGCACUUUGUUUAUUAAUUUGUCUUGUUGUUGUUAUAUUUGAAUAAGUGAAAUAUUUUAUAUACAAAUAAAUAAAAAUGAAAUUUCUUGAAUAUGGCGAGGAUUUUUUAUUUGAUGAUAUGCCAAAAGUCUAUAACUCUACACAGAAAGUGUUUAUUACACGUCUCUUUGGCUUGAAUCAACUGCAGCUGCCCAAAAGAGUACCUAAAAUAUAUACAAGCAAAGCGAUUGCUUGGAGAAUGAAGAUCCAUUUCAACACAAAUAAAGAGCAGGUACUAACGGACGCUAAUUUUGUCUAUUUGGAUCCUGCAAAAAAUCCACAUAUCCUGCAUCUCAGUGAUGAAAAGCGCGUUAAAGUUUUUGUGUUUGAAGAACAUUCAGCAACGCACAAUAUUAUGGUGCUCAUACAGAAAGACGGAAAAAUUACACACUUGUACGCCGGCGCAUGUGUUUUUGUACGCCAAAUUUUACUUAACGAUAUGUUCGUGUCGUGUAUUAGCACUGGUGUUGACAAAUUAUACAUGGACUUAAAGCGUGCACUAACACCAUGUAACCCUAAUGAGUUAAAUGACAUCAUAGAUGAAUUGUACCGACUGCUACACAAAGAAAUUAUUAAAAUUCAACUGCUGGUGGAGUCUUUUGGCAGCGAAGAGUUUGUAGCCGAAUUGGGAAACCAGCUACGCGGUUUAGUUCACCUCAAUGACGCUUUUCUGAAUUACAAUGGCCAUUUUUUGUGCCUGGAGCACUUCGAGAUGGACGCUGAAAUGGCACGCAUAUUCGUUGAGCAUGCGCCAAAUAACGAGUGCGCGAAACAUUGUCAUAACUCCGAAGUAUUAGUUACUGUAAAAUUAACUAUGGACAAACGCAAAAAAGAUAAAUCCAAUAACUACUUCGAAAUGCAUUAUUCGCCUUUGCCGAGUCCCUUCAAUUUAAAAGUGCUCGCCUCAUCUGUAUAUCCGGCACACGUAUACGGUAUAACAUAUGGUAAUAUGGAACCGCCAAGUAUACCUGAAUAUUUGCGCAGAUUUUGCAGAAUACCUGGCAGAGCACGUUUUACGCAAAAAAGCAGAUUGCGUCCGACCGAUUCUGGCAAGCCAUUGCCACCAGAAAAGAUUAGCCCAAACAAGGAUACGCCCGCGCAUUACUGUAUACGCAAACCAAAUUUCGAAUAUCUGGAUGAUGAAAGCAAUGGCGAAUCAUAGUUAACUAAUUAAUGUUGUUGAUAUUUUUCAAAUUAUUAUAUUUUUGUAUGCUAAUUAAAAAUAAUUUGUAUUUUGCACUUAAA